AUAUUAAGCUGAAAGGCCUCUUGCUCCCACUAACAAUACUGAUAAAAAAUGAAGAACGGAGAAAGACGAGACGAGGAAGGAGGGGAGGAGGGCGAGAGGGUAAAAAGUGAAGACUGAUAGAACAUUUUAGAAGGAAGAUUUUUUUUUUUUCGUUGGGGAAAUACCUCAAGGGAGAUUUAUUAAGGGAGCGAAAGAAUUAAGUGGAAGCAACAGGCGGUAAAUUGCUCAUUAUUAAACAGGUAACAACGUUCACCACUCAGUAAUUAAUAUAGAGAAUAACUACGGCUCGAUUGAAAUGGUAAAUUAAACACAUAUUCACUCAUGCUAAAAGGAGGUAAGAAUGGGAGAUAAAGGGCAGAAAGGAAUAGUUAGGACUAGUAAAAGUGUUAGGCUAGGGGAAGCAGAGUAACAAAGAAAGGAAAAUUAAGAAAAGGAAGAAAAUGUUUAGCAGAAAAGAAGCUGCAGCCUUACCAGGUUGUCGUACUCAUCACAAUGUAUUUUCCGGUAUCUCUUCCACAACUAUUACAAAACAAAUGCAUCACACAUCAAUCUUUUUAACAAUCACUUUAAUUAGAUAUCGAUAUUUGUGCGGAUAAGACAGUUUUUAGGCCUGAAACUAAUAAAUGAUACGUUCUGAGUACGAUAAUAUGGCGACUGUGUUCACCGGAGAGUAAGCGACGUCAACAGCGGCGUGGCGGCGGCGUGCGAACGGCGAGGCAGCGGCGGCACGCGUGUUCGAGCCCCGCCAGGCCCGGACACCCCCGCCAGCGUGGCCGAGGAGGUGGGCAAGGCCGCCAGGGUGAUCGUGGAGGCCGUGGACACCUGGAGGAGAUGAGGCAGUUCCCCGUCCUCUGCCGAAGCAACACCUUGUAUAUACAUGAUCCUCGGCACCGCUCCCUCCACCCCCCAGGCCCAGCCAACGUUAAGUCCAGGCCAGUGCUGGAGGACCUGCUGGGCAGUGACUCCUUCAGCCCCAACACUGCCUUCCAAGCCCUCAAGUGUACACAUACCCUCCUACAGAAGUUGUGUCAACUUGACAGUAUCUAUCCCCUACCCUGGUGGCAGAACAACAAGCCAACAACAUCCACUAGCAAUUACCACUGCCGGGGCUUUACAGGCCAUGGCCUAACCAGCCCCCUAAAACAUUGCAGAAGAAAAAGAAGUAGUAUAUCAUAUAAUUAUAAUAUAAUUUUUUACCAAUUUAUAAGUGAAAUAGCUAAAAUAUUCAUAUGUCCACAGGUAAAUCAGUAUUUCUGGCAUAAGAUAUGAUAGAUACAAUAUAAUAACAGUGGCAUUUUAGGCUGCUAUCGACUUAGACAAGUGAUCAUUCCGUGCUGUGUUGAAGAUGGCACCGGAUGAUUAUGACACCAGUGAUGAGGAGAUAGAGGCUGAUGAUGUGGCCAGCACUGGGGACCUCAGUGGUGAUGAUUCAGCUACUUUGACAGAAGGCAGCGACAGCAGUGACGGGGACACCCGCGCACUGGGUGUUGUGUCACCAGGGGCGGGCGGGUGGGUGCCAGUGACAGGUGAUGUUGGGCCUCCCCCAGGGCCUUUUACAGGAGCCAGUGGGUUGAAACAUCCCCCAGUAGUGAUGCCGUGCCCAUUGAAUAUUUUAGAGUUUUUUACUCCUGAUUUGUUGGAUAAAGUGGUUCUGGAAACUAACAGGUAUGCAAGGCAGUGGAUUGAAAGUCAUGUGCAGCACUUGAGGGAGAAAAAGAGGUCUGUGGUGCAUUCCUGGAUCACUCAAGGUAACACUAAUCCUAGAGAGUUUCUGGCAUUCCUGGCAGUAGUAAUGAACAUGAGACUGAUCAGGAAGCCAACUAUUAAGUCAUACUGGGACUGCUCCAGCCCCAGCCAGUCAACUCCAUGGUUCAGAGAACACUUCAACAGGGAGAGGUUUGGGCUAAUGCUUAAGUUUCUCCACUUCAAUGAUAAUGAAAAUUUGCCUGACAAAACUGAUCCUGCUUACAGGUUAUACAAAAUUCAGCCUCUUGUGGGCCAUUUUCAGAGGGUGUUCCAGAGUCGGUACAUCCCAGGCCACAAACUUUCCAUCAAUGAAAGCGUUAUUGAAUACCAUGGUAAAGCCCCCAACUUGAGGCAGUACAUGCCUAAUAAGCAUCAUGGUCUCUCUGGAUUGAGGGUGUGGUGCUUGUGUGAGGCUGAGACAGGGUACACCGUGACCCUUGAUGUGCUCAAAGGAACAAGCCACGCACCGGCCAGUCAGGGUGCUGCCACACAUGAUGUUGUGAUGCGCCUCCUGGCUAAGGCAGACCUCCUGCACCGGGAACACCACCUUGGUCUAGAUAGUUAUUUCUCAUCACCUGAGCUGUUUGAGGAUCUGUGGCAGGCACAGACUACAGCAACAGGCACAGUAUGGGUGAAUAGGAAAGGUCUGCCAAAGGAAGCUGCACACCUUAAGUUAGGACAGCAUCAAGUUUUGGAGCGAAGGAAAGGACCACUGCUCUGUGUGGCGCACAGAGAUGGCAAAAAGACUCCUGUGUUCCUCUCUACAAUGGCCAAAGCUGGUUCACUACUGUGCAUAAGCAAAACAAAGCAGACAAGGAAUUGCCUUGCAUUGUUGCAGACUAUAACAAGGUAAUGGGAGGCGUAGAUCUGAAAGACACCAGGCUGUAUGUGCACCUAAGGGAAAGGAAAACAUUCAGGUGGACAACCAAGGCUGCUUUUUCUCUGUGCAGCCACACUCAACAACUGUGUGUUGUAUAAGAGAAACACGUCUCAAACACCCAUCCUGCCAAGGCACCGCUUCAUGGUCAGUAUCAUUGAGGCCCUCGCUCAAGACUACGCCCCGCCAAAAAUCUAGAGGAGACGUCACACUGCAGUGGAUAUCCAGGCCAGCAGGAUCCCACCUGAACCAAUAGUUGCUCCUUUCCAUGUGGCAGCAUCAGGUGAUGAUGGACAUGACAUGAAGAGGUUGCCUGUAGGCAAGAAGAGGAACUGUGCUGCCCCUCAUGCCAGGCAUGUGUGGAUGUGCUACAUGUGCCCCAAGUGUAACAAAGGGUUCUGCCCAGAGUGUUACCCCAGCUAUCACAAGAGGCUCAGGGAAUAGUCUGUAUGUGUUCUGGCAUGUCUACACACCUGCAUCACUUUGAAUGAAUUCAGAGUAUGCGUCUAUACAGUAAUCUUAACACAAUGGGAUUUUUUUUUCCCGUUGUGGCCCAUCAACAAUUUAUAUUUUAUUAUGUCUACUCAUGAUAAUUUUUUUAUCAUUGAUUUUACCAAAGCGAGGAGCAGCUUUUAGGCUAUCAAGAGAUAUAUCAUUACCAAAAAUUAUUUAAAUAAUUUGAAUGCAUAAAAGAUGAAGCAAAAGAAUACCUGUUUACAUUAUCUCCCCAUUUUUUGUGUACAUAACAGAUUAUCCGUGACAGUUAUAAACAUGGCGGGUUGAAGAAUAGAUUUGGCACGAUUUUGGGCAGAAAUGUAAAGAUGAUCAUGAUUAGCAGGAGUGUGAAGGCCCUGGUACCUUUUGUGAGCUGCCUGUAUCUUUGACAGCACGAGAACAAGCAUGAUUGAACCAAGACUUUUUAGCAUGAAGAGUAGAGAAAGUACAUGGAAUGUGUGUCUCCAUUCCAGAGACAAUCACCUCUAAUGCAUUGGGCACACACAGAGGGGUCUCUCCUAAAAACAGUAAUCAUUCCAUGGGAAAUCAGAAAAGUACAUCCUCAGGGCUGAGAUGAAGCAAUAUUCCAAAAGCACUACCUCUUCGAUGGGUCCAGAGGCUGUACAGUAGCAAUAGGACAGGAUACAGAUAUAAGGUUGUGAUCGGAGGAGCCCAACGGAGAGAACAGUUUUAACAGAGUGAGCCGAAGGGUUAGAGGUUAGGAGGUCUAGAAUGUUGGGCCUGUCCCAAGGCGGUUGGGAAUAUGUGUAGGGUGCUGAACAAGCUACUCUAGAUCAUUGAGGAGAGCAAAGUUGUAGGUUUGUUCACCAGGCUGGUUAGUGAAAGAGGAUGAAAGCCAAAGCUGGUGGUGAACAUUGAAAUCUCCCAAGAUAGAGAUUUCAGCGAAGGGAGAGUGAGUUAAGAUGUGCUCCACUUUGGGAUUUAGAUAGUCAAAGAAUGAUGAUGAUGAUACUAUCCCUUGAAUUU